UUGUCCCCACCGGGGUUAUAAAGGGAGCGGUGGCACCCAACGGGGACUGCAGCCAUGUCCUUGUCCUUGUGCCCAUGGGUAGCCCUGGUGGCCCUGGUGGUCCUGGUCCAGGGGGGGCUCGGAAUUGCCUUCACCAAGGUGAUCUCCGUGGAAAAUGGGGGGCCCUGGGGCGACUGGGGUGACACUGAGUUCUGUCCCGAAAACACCUACGCUACCGGCUUCCAGCUGAAGGUUGAGCCCCACAAGGGUUUCUUCGGGGAUGACACGGCUCUCAACGGGAUCCGGCUGCUCUGCAGCACAGGGAUGGCCACGGCCAACGAGGGGCCCUGGGGCUCCUGGUCGUACCCCCUGAGCUGUGGCCGCAGCCAGCGCCUGGUCUCCUUCCGCCUGCGGGUGGAGGCACCUCGGGGCCUUUGGGACGACACGGCCGCCAACAACCUGGACAUCACCUGCUCGGAUGGGACGGUGCUGGAGGGCCAGGGGGGCCUCGCAGGGGUCUGGGGGAACUGGAGCGUCUCCUGUCCCUUCGGCUGGGGGAUCUGCGGGCUGCAAACUCGCGUGGAGCCCCCCCAGCGUGGGGGGGACGACACCGGCCUCAACGACGUCAAAUUCUUCUGCUGCGCUUGAGACACCCCCCCACCACGUCCCCACCUGGGUGUCCUCCCGAUGGCCCUCCCAUGACCCCCAAUGUCCCCCCCCACAUCCUCCGUUGACGCCCGUGUCCCCCCCAAUGUCCCCCCAUGUUUCCCAUUGACCCCCCCUGCCCCCCAAGAUCCCCCCCAAUGUCCCCCCAUGGCCACCAUGUCCCCCCCCGACCUCCUUGGACCCCUGUGUCCCCCCCCCCAUGUCAUCCCAUGACCGCCAUGUCCCUCCCACCUCCACCCUCGACCCCCAUGUCCUCCCGUGCCCGCCCCCAUCCUCCCAUGGCCACCACGUCCCUUUGUGUGUCCCCAAUGUCCCCCCCCACAGCCUCCCUUGACCCCUAUCCCCCCCAUGUCCCCCCCCAUGUCCUCCCACCCAUGUCCUCCCUCGGUCCCCCCGACUGUCCCCCCCAACGUCCCCAUGUCCCCUCUGUGCCCCGCCCCCGGGCCACCCUCAUUAAACUCGGGUGGGUAAUGA